UUGCUCAAUCCAUCAACAACACCAGGAUCGACUGCCUCGCUUGCUUGCUUCACUGACGGACUGGACUGUGUUGCUAGUAUGGAGGCUCGUGCGGGUGUGUUCCAGCGUGUGCUGGCCCUUGGCGAGGGCAUGUGGAUGGUGCGUGGGCACUUCCACCUCGGCGAGGGCCAGACGGAAGGCCUGAAGUGGGCUGGCCUGCGUGAUCGGAUGCUGUCCCUCCUCAGCGAUGGACUGCAGGACCAGCGGCUGCAGGAGGGCGAGCACAACGAGUCGACCAAGGAGCAGCUGGCGGAGGAACGCGCCAUGGUGCAGCGUCUCAUGGACGGUGACGAGCUCCCCUUUGUCCUCGACACGACCAUGGGCAUUGCAACGACUGGCAACGGCGACAAACAGCUGGCCCUGCUUUCUCCAACACCAUUCGAUGAGGAAGUGCGCAAGCAGAUUGACGCCCUCGGGAUCGUGGAGGCCAUCGUCGCUAGCAACCUUCAGCAUUGGCUGUUCCUGCCCAAGUGGGCGCAGGCGUACCCAGAUGCCAAGAUCUACCUUGCACCGAGCGCGCUCGGAGAGGAUCUUGAGACGAAGCUGACAGACCACACGCCAGAGUCGCUGCCUCAGCCAAAGAGCGAAUGGGUCGUGCUGGAGGAGAGCGGGCACCAGCUUGGACCGCACCUUGAUCAGCAGCUGCUGCUCGGGGCGCCGCUCAACAUGAACGAAGUUGUCUUCUUCCACGCGCCAUCCCACACCCUCGUUGCAAGCGACAGCUUCUACGGCGGAUAUGCACAGGACGAGUCGCCCUCGUGGUUCGGGCGGCUGUGGUUCAAGCUGACGAAGAAGGCGUUCCGCAGCGCAACCCUGCCCAUCUACCGCACAAGCCGCGUCAUUUCGCACGGUGACAGGGGCAAGCUCAUCGCCUGCGUCAAAGACAUUGCACAGCGAUGGGCGUUUGACAAGAUCAUCUUUGCACACGGCACGAGCCCGUACACACACGAGCCCCGCAAGGCAUACGUGGACGCUUGGUCGGUGCUCACGUCGAUGUGAGGUGGCAGCUGUCACUACAGCUGAUGCCAACAGCACGACCAUCACCACAACCACGACCGAUAAACAAAACCGAUGGCAGCGAGACGCAUCCAUGUUGGUCAUCGUUCUCCCUCCUUCACGCACACGCACACGCACACGCACAACACACGCACGCACGCACACGCACACACACACACACACACGCGCGCGCGCGCGCGCAGUCUUCAGUUGCUCGCACUGCGUUGUCCGUUAACCCCGACGAACCAUAAAACCAACAACACGA